AAAACUUGUUUUGGCAUUCAAUACCUCCAAUCGUUCUCGCGACUCUUCACCUCAUAUCAUCCAUAAGCGCCUUGUAAUCUGAUAUCCGUCUCCCACAAUGUCUCGACGAAGUCUAGGAGAUCAGCUUGGAUUUUUGUCGUGGAGAAAGCCUUUUGGGCCCAUACCUCCAAUGGAUAUGGAUGCAGUGGUAGCUGAAGACCAAACACAAUCUUCAUCGACGAAGCUUACAGAAAAUCACGAUAAUCUAAUCAAGGGCAUAGGCGACUAUCGAUUGAUUAAGCCGCUGGGUACUGGAAAAUUUAGCGAUGUGGUGCUUGCAUCCCAUUACGAGACAGAGCGUCUUGUCGCCAUCAAGAUCAUCGAUAAACGAAAGCACGAUUACCGUGUUAUGUCUAGGCUGGUCCGCGAAAUCACUUUGAUGGAAUUGAUGAACCAUGAGCAUGUUACAAAACUACAUGAGACAUACGAAACGGCUGAUUCCCUUUUUUUGGUCAUGGAGUACGUGCCAGGAGUCAAUUUGGAGCAAUAUUUACAAUUGUCAGGCGGGGCUUUAUCUGAAUGCGAAGCGCGGAGGCUUUUUCGACAGAUAGUGGCAGCUGUAAGCUACUGCCAUAGUCGCUGGAUCGUCCACAGAGAUCUAAAGACACCGAAUAUUCUGAUUACUCCAGAAGGAGCAGUCAAGCUGGUUGACUUUGGUCUUGGCAAUCGGUUUGGCUUGCAAAGGUUGAAAACAAUAUGUGGCUCAAUGCUGUAUUACUCACCGGAAAUCAUAAGCGGCCAGAAGUAUUAUGGCCCGGAGAUUGACUGUUGGUGUCUUGGGAUCAUCCUAUUUCGAAUGACCACAGGAUUUGAGCCCUUUGCUCAUGCAGGCACGGUGGGGGAACUGAAAGCAGAUGUUUGUACCGGGAAAUUCCCAAUGCCUUCAUCACUCUCUCCUGAACUGCAAGCCACAAUACGAAAGUGCCUAAACACAGAUAGGCGAAAUCGCAUGACCAUAAGGCAAGCUCUGAAAGAUGACCCCUGGUUGCAUGAGGGAACGAAGUUUGAAAGCGUCGUUAUGGGUAUCUCACAUGCUGAUGACGCUUGCGAAAUCAUUGAUCGAACAGAACGAGAGCAUCGUUUACGACGAAAUUUCAUUGCCGAUGCUGAGCAUGAUAGGUCAAUAUCGCGUGUAAAUCGAACUCUCAUAUAUCAUCCUGUGAACGCCUCAACCUAUUAUACCACCAAUGCCAUAUCAGCCACAACAGGAACAGAAGGUGGGCUGGAAAUUAUGCGAGCUGAACUGUUACAAGACUUACGUUACCAUGCUCGACGUUUGGGUGUGUACGCCAUAAAACGAAACAAAGGUCAGAAGACACCAGUGAUCAAAAAGAUUAUCAAUCAUCUGAAGCGAAACAAAAAGCAGUACAGUGACCUUGUUAUCGAUGCCAACGACAACUUUAAUUUAACUUCUGUUGAACGCAUCCAUUAUCGACUCACAAAGGUACAAACGUUCCAGUACAUGCUUUCCAGAAGAGACCAGACACAAGGACUAUCGUCUCGCAUGAGCAGUGGAACACAAAGUUUUACAUCUUCAAACUCGACAGCCAUUGAAGAUAGCCUGGUUUUGCCACUGUCCAAAAGAUAUGAAAGUGAAAUGACGAAGCUCAUUCGACUCGCUUGCGAAUUAUUCGGGGUGACCUUUGUUCAUUCUCAUCACAACAGAUUAAUAUGCGUGGUCACCAUGCGAAAUGACGGUAGAAAAAUGAGCCCUCUUAGUACCUUGAUGUUACAAGGAGCUGCCAGCUCAACCACUAUCAACUCUCCAAUAUCGGCAAGCCACUCCAUGGAUCAUUCCGAUACUGACCGUCAUAGUUUUCUCAGUAAGCGCUUGUCCGCGCCUUUGACUGCCAAGAAUUCCUCUUUGAGUAUUGAAGAAGCAAACAGAAGAGCAAGUAUGAACAUUGACCGCUCGCUAAACAAAGAGCACUCAGGCACCUGCGUGUUUGAAAUUGAGGCAGUCGUUGACCGCAAUCACCUUGCUACCAUUCAUUUCAUCAAACAUUAUGGAGCCACCGUUAUUUUCAAACUAGUCAGUGGAUGGAUCGGCACAGUACUAAGCCUUGACUCUUGAUACCUUAUUAAUAAAUUAUAAAUGUAUGUUUUUUACGGC